UUGUAUAUUUCCCAUUUUACAGUACCAACGGCGCCUAGAAACUUCAUUGUAUUCUCCUUUGAUUCAACCUCGGCUACCUUCAAAUGGACACCUCCGGCGAUCAAAAAGAACAGUAUCUCGAAUUAUGUUCUUUCUAUUACGUCUAAUAGUAGCAUUGCCAUCAACUAUCCGGAGAUUCUGGUAGAUCCAAGCUUAGAGACUUACCACGCAACCAUGCUUACACCCAACACAAAUUACAGUUGCAAGAUUGCGGCUCGUGCAAAAGUCAAUGCGGUCUUUGGCAGCGGUGGACAGAGCCCCUGGUCUCAUGAAGUUUCAGUUACUCUUCUACCAGGAGGCAAGUAG